AUGGAGCAAGUUGCCUUGAAUAAGAACUGCAACGAAACUAGGGCAUGCUUGGACUCAAAUGCUGAGUGCAAUAAUACCAUCUGUCAGUGUAAAAGUGGCUACUUCAGCAGUAACGGCACAUGUUAUGAAAAGUUCUCCUUGUAUCAAAACUGCAGUGGAGCUGGCACAUGCAAAGAUGUGAAUGCAGAAUGUAAUGUUACCUGUCAGUGUAAGAAUGACUACUACAACAAUAGUGGCAUGUGUUCGCAGAAGUUCUCCUUGUAUCAGAACUGCAGUGGAGCUGGCACAUGCAAAGAUCUGAAUGCAGUAUGUAAUGUUACCUGUCAGUGUAAGAAUAACUACUACAACAAUAGUGGAACUUGUUGGCCAAAGGUUGCUUUAAAUGAGAGCUGCAAUGAUCCUAGUGCCUGUAAAGAACCGCAUGCCGAAUGUUUGAAGCUUGUGGUCAACGCAUAA